GCCGCAAAUACCGUUCAAGAAUACCAACGAAGAAAAACCAACAGUUCCGGUGGCGCCAAAAGCAAAACACCACCGCUCAAAUGGAGUACUGAAGAAGCAUUUUCCAGCAUUUAUGUAACCACUAACCAACAAUUUGAGCCCGGAAAAUGAAUCCUACGUCGCAGUUUUUCGCCGAGCUGAAGAAGUUGGCCGUGACUCUCGAGUCGGGGACGGAGCAACUUCACCGUUCUUUUGACUGCCGACACGAGCGCGAUGACAGCGAAGCGGCGGCGAGAGGCAUGCGGGCUUAUUACGACUUGAAGUGCGACGUGUUGGCCUUGAAGGGCCAGAUGCAAGAGGCGCUGAGCAAGCAGAAAACACACGAGAAGGAGGUGAAGACUUUCAUCCACGCCUGCAGGGCCGUGCAGCACGAGGUCGCCCAGGACAUCCAGACACUGAGGGGACACUUUGAAAAGUACGGCUAUCAAGGUCCCUCAGACAGCCCAGGACCCAACGAAGUUGAGGAAGAAGAAGAGUCUGCAGCAGAAGACCAUGUGGAGACAGAAACCAGUGCUGGGUCAGAUUCUCCUCAGGCGGCAGCACCGCCCACCUUCACCAACCCCAUGCGAACCCCCCGUCUCUCCGACUUCGGCCUGUCUGAGAGGCAGCUGAAGAGGAACAUGGGGGCACCGGAGUGGUGCGCCAAGGUGCCCGCCAUGCCCGAGAUGAGCCUCCCUCAGCCCGCGCUCCACACGCCCGCCCCGCCGCCGCUGCCCCUCACCCCUAAAUGUGCUCUGCGCAUGGACGAGGACGACAUGCGGACGCCUCAGAUGAUCGACUUCGGCCUCUUUGAGCACACCUCGUGUCUGAACAAUGACUUUACCAUGGAUUUGUUCCGAAAAAACGCCAACUGCCCAAAGGACCCAGCACAGGACCCUCUGGUGCCUCCAGACAUCCGUGUGACUGAGGAGCUGCAAAAAGAAGCACUGGAUAACUGGGAGUCCCCGGAGCUGCCCGUGUUUUGCACGCCAGGAUUCAAAAUAAAGAAAGCGAACGGCCAUAGCUCCCCACUGCCGCGAGAGGGUCCCGAAUCCCCGAGUCCACCCGACAAUCAGCCCUCCACGCCUGAGAUCCCGGCCUUCAAAACUCCCUACAUGAAACGUCUGGUCAGUCGUGUCGUCACGCCGGGUGACGGCAAGCACACCUUCUACCUUCCCACGCCGUGCCGCCAAGGCUCAGGCGCAGCCAUGUGGGACUACGACGUGCCAGAGUUGUGUGUCCUGGGCGACGAGGACAAACCGAUGCUGCCCAUUCCCAACCUGGAGUCCACUUUGGGAAACACGUUACAAAGUGGCAGUAAAGAAAUGCAGAAGGAGUCGCGGCAGUUUGACCGAAAGUCCCCGGAGCCUGAUGUCCUCAGCAUGGACGCAGACAUGGACGGAGGGGCCACGCAGGAGUUCUCCUUGGGCACCCCCCGCACCAGAGGGGACCUCUUUGAGGCCUUAACCCCAGAGAUGCCCGACCUCAGCUCGGUCACACAGAACAUCUGUAAACUGGUCUUGCAGACUCAAACAAAGAAGGGGACAACUGCGGUCGUCCAUCACCAGAAAAGAGCCGAACACAACAGAAGAUGUGUGACUGCGGUCUCUGAGCGGGAGUUUGACAGUUUACCGAGCUUCCUGAGGCAGAUGACGCUGAACAACCUCAACAAGGCGGUCCACAACAUGAACAAGUACUUAGCAGAGUUUCCAGGAGACAAGGUAGACUUUCAGAUGGAAGAGCUGAAGAAGAUGACCAAUGUUGGCAUCAAGGCCCCCGUCUUCAUCCUCUGCUUGAGCGAGCUGAAGAGGCUUGAGCCUAUGGGAGGUGCCGGAAACACCGCCGUCUAUAAACUGAGAUUGCACAGCUGAGUGUGGUAGCCAAAUAGCACACAAAAUGACAGAUUCAUCCCCUAUUACCCUUAUUUGCUCUUUGCUGGGCUUGUUUUAGUGUCCUGUAUAUAAUAAAAGGUGUGCCUAUUUCCUUAUCAAA